AUGAAAAGAGUUGAGUCUGACUUACGUGGUAGUCUCUCCAACUCAGCAAAGAGAUCUGUCCCCCAUCCCAAUGCUCCGAGGUCCAGCUCUUUGACAUCAGACGAUAACAUUUCCUCUGCAAGCGAUAUCCGGGCUUUACCGCCAAGUUCUGGGGAGUAUCUUGGCCGACUGGCUGUCAAGCAGACUAUUGCAGAAGAAGCUGCUAAGGCGGCGGAUAAGGGGCAGGAGCUGAGUGUUUAUGUUUGUGGGGCGGGGACGCUGCAGAAUGAUGUGAGGAAUACGGUUGCGGAAAGGAAUUUGGGGAUAUUGAAGGGAGGACCUGGGAGUGGGAGGGGGGUGUAUUUGUAUUUUGAGCAUUUUGGUUGGGCCGAGGGUAGGAUGUAG